UUCCUUUUUCUUUGCAGAUGGGAAGCCCAGUGGUGCGGAGUCUGGCAAAGGUACAGCCUUCAAAUCCAAGAAGGAAGGCAGCGAGCUGAUGAAGAGACCCCGGCGCUACGUGGACCAGGGGCAGGGAGCCCCAGCCCCCUACCCAGAUCCCCUGGAGCCCAAGAGGGAGGUAUGUGAAUUGAACCCCAACUGCGAUGAACUGGCUGACCAAAUCGGCUUCCAAGAUGCCUAUCAACGCUUCUAUGGCCCGGUCUAGGGCAUGGACUGUAGGUGGUUAGUGCAGCCUGGCUCCUCUCUGGGACCCUUCCCUCCUCAUUCCCCGUCUGCCCUGCACGUGUGAACAUCCCAGCUGCUUCAAAAUAAAGUCCAGAGGGUCUGA